AUGACACUCUUCCCCACAGGUAUAGAUUAUAAGACUACAACGAUUCUGCUGGACGGCCGAAGAAUCAAGCUACAGCUCUGGGACACAUCAGGACAAGGAAGAUUCUGCACCAUAUUUCGGUCGUACUCGAGAGGCGCUCAGGGAGUGAUACUAGUGUAUGAUAUCACAAAUCGUUGGUCAUUUGAUGGAAUCGAUCGAUGGAUAAAAGAAAUUGAUGAGCAUGCUCCUGGUGUACCAAAAAUCCUGGUUGGAAAUCGCCUUCACUUAGCCUUCAAGCGCCAAGUGUCCACUGAACAAGCACAAGCCUAUGCUGAGAGGCUGGGCAUGACUUUUUUUGAAGUCAGUCCACUUUGUAAUUUCAAUAUUACAGAGUCCUUUACUGAACUAGCAAGAAUAGUAUUGAUGAGACAUGGAAUGGACAGGCUCUGGAGGCCAAACAAAGUACUGAGUCUGCAAGACCUUUGUUGCCGUGCCGUAGUUUCCUGUACCCCUGUGCAUCUUGUUGACAAGCUCCCUCUCCCUGUUGCCUUAAGAAGCCACCUCAAAUCUUUCUCCAUGGCAAAUGGCCUUAAUGCCAGGAUGAUGCAUGGACGCUCCUACUCCCUCACAUCCAGCAACAUCAAUAAAAGGAAGAGCUUAAAGAAAGCUAAAAUCAUCCGUCCAUCACAGAGCCCACCAAAAAACUGUACCAGAAACAACUGUAAAAUCUCUUAAGCUCUCUGUGGGAAAAGGAACCUGGAUAGAAUCCCCUCGUGUGAAGCCCUGAAGACAAGAACUCCUUGGUUGGUGGUUGAGCACACUCUGUUUGCAUCACACUACAGAGACAAAAAUAAGUCUUAUUUUAGAGCUUGACAGUAACGCUGCUUUGGAAUGAAUGACAUGUUCAGUGCAACUGGCAGGACCUGAUGUUUUGUUGUUGGAUUUUCCUCCUGCAUUUUGCUUUCUGAUGUGCAUGAUGCUGUUGGUUUUAUCAGUAGGUGUGUUUUCAUAUAGGG